UGUGACCCUACUUAGCACUCCUCCUGUCCCAUCUCUUACACAGGGGGUGAGGCAGGACUCCUGUCUGUAGCUGUUACCCACAACAUGACAACGGCAACAGGUGCAUUACUUAGGAUGGUGCUGCUGCUCAGGCGUGCACAACUCUCCCCACCAACCCCACCUUUCCUUGCCUUACGGAGCAAACACAUGCUCAGUCUAAAAGGAGCAACCAUUCAAAAAAUGACUUGCUGAGGUGUCAGUGGAUCAAGUGGAGUUGCUCUCUGCUAACAGGUGCUGUUUGCCCGGAGUGCAUAAAAAGUGAUGAGGGCCUGGGGGCUGUUGCUGGUAAUGAGGACAGAGACACAGGCAGCUGGAGGGCACUGCAAGGCCAUGAAGUGUGCUGGGGACUGUAGUAGUGGCCUGCUCUCUGAUGCAGAGGACCUAGACAGUGUCAGUGACAGCUCAGACAAAUCCCUGGUGGGUGAGGAAGGGAGUUGCUGUAGCCCAGUGGAUGAGAGCAUGGGCAAAAGGAAGAGGAAAAGCAGAGUAUCAGGAGUCAGCAAGCAGAGACAAGCUGCCAAUGCCCGUGAGAGAGACAGGACACACAGUGUGAACACAGCCUUUACAGCCCUCAGGACCCUUAUUCCUACAGAGCCUGUAGAUCGCAAACUGUCCAAAAUAGAAACUCUGAGACUGGCUUCCAGUUACAUUUCACAUCUAGCCAACAUCCUGCUGCUGGGGGAGGACUGCCUAGAUGGACAGCCAUGUCUGCAGUACAGAGCAUCAGUGGCCAGUGCUUCUCCCAGACCCAUAUGCACCUUUUGCCUCAGUAAUCAGAGGAAGCUGCACAGGGAAGGGGAGAAGCACUUGUCUAUUUAAGGUGUAUGUGGACAUGCCCUGAGCAGCCUGCACUGAAUAUAGAACGGUUCUAAAUUUAACCUCCUACUCACUUGUUUACAUUGAACUUAUAUGAUGGAGCUAAAGAGAAACUGAACUUUUAAGAAAAGGAAAACAAAAAUCAAGUCUGAUAAGCACUUUGUUUUACCUAGGAGCAAAUUUAUUAAGGAUACUGAAAUUCAACCCAGCACGGAAAAUUGCACCUGGUGUUGCUGCUAUUUUUGUGCAAGAAAUGUUAAACCUGUGCAUGAUACCAAUGGUGGUUAAAGCAGCGACACAUGAUGUAAUCUGAUCCUGGACACUCGGCAGUUCCCUUCGUGUCUGCUGUCACAACAUAAUGUCACCUGUGACCACACUACGUAUGCACCUGUCUCCAGGUCCUGUUGCAACCAUGGUGCAAAUGAGGAGUUCUGUUUACAGCUUUGCUAAUCUGUUGGCUCUUUAAGGAUUGUUUUAGGGAUGGGACAGUGGGAUAAAUAAUAAUGUGGAAGUUAUACCAUAAAGAGGAGUAGAAUGUGUGUCUGCUGUUUAUCUCACUCCAUGGACUAAAAGUACAAAUGCAUUUUAUGUGAGAAAUUAUUUUAUUAAACACCUCCCUAGUAAAGCCAAAAAGCAAAUUCUGUAAUCUACAAAAUAAACAGCUAGUUUAUGCAAUUUGCAGCAUUAUAUAAAUCAGAGUUACAGAGUUUGCUUUUCGGCUUUUCUAGGGAGUAUGAAACGAAGCACAAUUUUUACACAAAAACAAGAUGUUUUUGAUGUCCUUUUUAAUGCAUUUCAGUCAGUUUUUAAUGCUAUUUUGAAAACUGAACUAAGUAGUUCGCCAUAUUAUUAAAGGUGUCCCUCGUGUGCAGUAACGGUACUUUAUACAUAAUUUAUUUGGUAUACUUGAUAUUUUUACCACCUAAAACAUAAACCAAUCAUUAGUUUCUAUUAAUGCUGAUUGAUAACAUAUUUAGAUAUUUAUGACAUUAUUCUGUUUGUUAGCAAACUGCUUUAGGAUUUGAAACUAAGCAGUCAACAUGCCUGACAUGAUUUGUCUAGUGUGGUGACAGAUACUAGUUUAUGACAGUGAUUAAUGCACAGCAGUGGUCCUCAAAACCUUUUUUUUUUCCUUUGGUAAACCUCCCACACACUAUGUGGCACCCAAGGGAAUCUCUUAAUGUAGUACAUAGAUAUAAAAACAAGAGCACAUUGUCAAUAAUACACAAUGUGUGUCACCAACAAUCUUGCAAUAGUUAUAGAGUUUAUGCUGUACAAAACAGGCAAUCAUUUGCUCAUCAACUCUAAAUCUGUGCAACAGCUGAGAACAGUUUUGGGUGUUUGGUUGAGAAUCAGUAAUAUAGUGGAAGCAUCUGAUUUGCAUUAUAACAAAUGUACAUUGUCACAAACGACCAUACUUAAAUGGAGAAUGCAUCUCAAAUUCCAAUAGCCUAAACUGCAGCUGCUUAUUAUUGAUAGCCCAAGCAUACUAUUGUACAUGUAUGUCCAUUUAACCAUACAGCAUAUAACUCCACGCUGAGACAAAGCUAUAUUUCUAAAGCAGAUAUUAAAAACUGGUUAAACAGUUUACAAAGAUCAUUAAAUCAUCUUGUACAAUAAAAUAAUGCCUUCUUAGUCAUCUAAAAUAGCUUAUAAUUUGACUAACCAUGGUAUUACUUAAAGGGACAUGAAUCUCAAUUUUUUUAUUUCAUGGUUCAGAAAGGGCAUGCAAUUUUAAACAACUUUCCAAUUUACUUCUGUUAACUAAAUUGCUUCAUUAUCUUGAUAUCCUUUAUUGAAAAGCAUAUCUAAAUAGGCUCAGUAGCUGCUGAUUGGUGGCUGCACAUAGAUGCCUUGUGUGAUUUGCUCACCCAUGUUCAUUGAUAUUUCUUCAACAAAGGAUACAUAAAGAAUGAAGCAAAUUCGAUAAUAGAAGUACAUUGGAAUGUUGUUUAAAAUUGUAUUCGCUAUCUGAAUUAUGAAAGAAAAAUUUGGGUUUCAUGAACCUUUUAAUUUUUAAUGUAUUUUGUCAUAUUUCCAACUAUAUAGCUUGAUAAUCUGUUGUAAAUACUAUAGUAUAGAUUCAAGUACCCUCUCAAUAUGUUACAGCAAAUGUACAAAAAUGUCUACCUCUCCUUGUGUCUUUGAAUCUCUGUUAUUUAUGAUGGAAUAACAAGUUUGCUGAUUAAUAUGUGACUAAAUUAAUAUUUACUGAUUCUUUUCCAUUUGUUACAAGUUUCUUGCUGCAUGAACUGAAGUAAUAUGUUAAUUUAACCUUUUAACGCCGUUAUGCCGUUCUAUUCCGUCAUAUUUACACUGGGCUUUAAAGCCGUUAUGACGGAAUAGAACGUCAUAUCAAACGGCUGUCCUGAAGCCUUCUGCGCUUCAAGGACUUGAUCGCGGUCUGGAGGGCGUUCCUAGGGUUGUAGGGACGCCCCCCAGAUGCGAUCCAAUAAUUGAAAUCUCGCGAUCGUAUGCACGAUCGCGUAGUUUCAAUUUGUCUACAUCGGAACAGGUGUUCCGAUGUAGACACUUUAACCCUGUCACGAAAGGGUUAAAGGAGACACUAAAAAGGUUGCAUUUCUCUAUGUUCUCUAUGUUCUACAGUGCAAUAGCUAAAAGCUCAUAUUUAUUGGAGAUCUGUUACUGUAUUUAAUACAGAGUGUGAUUUAAAAAGCUUAAAGCUUAAACAUUUACUGUUCACUGUUAAAGUGAAGGUCAAUUUCGAUGAAUUAGUGCCCGGUUUUUAAUAAUCCUAUUAAAAACAAGGGCACUUUAUUUCAUCAAAAUUGACAUUUCACUCAUUUUCUUCAAAAACGUACCUUUUAAUCCUGACAGGCGCUGCAGCGCUUCCUCUGCCUGUCGCAAGCCCUCUUUGUGGGUCCAAAAUGACAAAUUUGGCUUCCUCCAAUCACGGCAUUGCCUCAGGCCAUGAUUCCCCCAGGGGGAAGCCGUGAUUGGAGGAAGUCGGAUUCGUCAUUUCUGACGUAUGAAGAGGCUUCCGACGCCUGGGGGAAUCUCUGGAGCAGCUAUCAGGAUUAAAAGGUAAGUUUUUGAAGAAAACGAGUGAAAUGUCAAUUUUGAUGAAUUAAAGUGCCCUUGUUUUUAAUAGGAUUAUUAAAAACCGGGCACCGAUUCAUCUAAAUUGACCUUCACUUUAAAUUAGAAUAACUAUGUUUCUAUAGUCAGUAAUUGAGUCAUUCGGUUUAUGUUUCAUUUUCUUUUCUCAAACAAGUACUAAAAUUGCCAUAACUCUCAGGGGUGCCCAAACUAGAUGGUAGUACAUAGGUUAUUAGAUCUGCCAAAUGAAAGUUUACUUGAACAUAGGAUACUUCUUGUUAAUUACAAAGUAAACAAACAUAAAAAAGCAAAAUCCUAUGUAUUGAACCUUUUAACGCCGUUAUGCCGUUCUAUUCCGUCAUAUUUACACUGGGCUUUAAAGCCGUUAUGACGGAAUAGAACGUCAUAUCAAACGGCUGUCCUGAAGCCUUCUGCGCUUCAAGGACUUGAUCGCGGUCUGGAGGGCGUUCCUAGGGUUGUAUGGACGCCCACCAGAUGCGAUCCAAUAAUUGAAAUCUGGCGAUCGUAUGCACGAUCGCGUAGUUUCAAUUUGUCUACAUCGGAACAGGUGUUCCGAUGUAGACACUUUAACCCUGUCACGAAAGGGUUAAACAAAUAUUUCUGGUCAGAGCAGCCUUUUGUAAUAAUUUUGUAUUGAAUAGGUUUAAUUCUAGUUUUGGCUCUCAAUAACAUAAUAAUGACCAGUAAGCUUAGCAAGUUCAAUGUGCUGUGAUUACCUCAUGCAAUAUCUGCUUAUUCAUGGUAAGCUUGAUGAAUAUUUUUGUAGAAAUGUAGUCUACAUUAUUUCCUGUUGUGAUACAAUUGGUGCAUACAAUGAACUAGAUUACAUUCCAGCUGUAAAGUUAGUAAUCCCAGUUAUAUUUACAGCUGUGUGUGAUCUAGUUUUUAUAUCAGUCACAGCUCUGCUCUAGAUGAGUCUCACACAAUAGUAACACUCAAUCUACAGAGUCAACUUAUUAAAUACCGCUGCUUCUUAAAGGGACACUGAACCCAAACUUUUUCUUUCGUGAUUCAGAUAGAGCAUGACAUUUUAAGCAACUUUCUAUUUUACUCCUAUUAUCAAUUUUUUUAUUCUCUUGGUAUCUUUAUUUGAAAUGCAAGAAUGUAAGUUUAGAUGCCGGCCCAUUUUUGGUAAACAACCUGGGUUGUUCUUGCUGAUUGGUGGAUAAAUUCAUCCACCAAUAAAAAAAGUUCUGUCCAUAGCUCUGAACCAAAAAAAAAGCUUAGAUGCAUUCUUUUUCAAAUAAAGAUAGCAAGAGAAUUAAUAAAAAUUGAUAAUAGGAGUAAAUUAGAAAGUUGCUUAAAAUUUUAUGCUCUAUCUGAAUCACGAAAUCAUUUUUUUUGGUUCAGUGUCCCUUUAACUUACGUUUCCGGCGAGCAGGAAACUUCGGGCAUAGAAAGAAGCAUCUGCUGCUUAUUAAAUCUACGCCUAUGUAUUGUAGAGGAAAUGAAGUCAUUUCCUGGUGCAUUGUUCAAUAUCUAAUUUUUGUAACAUGGAGUGCACUAAACUACAUUUUAAAAACACAAGAUAAACUAAACAAGAUUAGAUAGUUUGGAGAGGGUUGUUUGUACAAGUUUCGGUAUUUGUAAACAGAAUUAGAGAUAUUUUAUUAAUAUUUAAAGGGCAAAUGUAAUAUAAAGUUAAACCCAUAUAAAGGGGCAUUCUGAAGCCAAAAACAUAUGUUCUAAUUUGUUAGAGCAUGCCAUUUUUACAUUAUUGAUCAGCUAAUAUAUAUUGGCAAUUGAUUUAGCCAAUACACAUUCACUCACUUUAUAGGCUUCAUCAGAGGUUAAAUAAGCUCAGUUAGAAUGUGCAUAUUGUUUACAAGUAUUUUCUCUAUUUUAAGCACAUAUCAGUAACAAAACAUGGACAGUGUAAUGAAUACUUGAACAAAAUCUGUAACUGAAACAAAAUGUUGGGCAUACGUUUACUCAGCGGUGAUAUUCCACAAGAUCCCAUUGUCAUGAAUGAUUACAAAUUUGUUUUGUGGAUUAGCGCCACACAGUAAGUAUGGUGCUAUACUGGACUACUAAACUGUAUUUUCUACAUUUAGUAUAUACAUUUUGCCUAAACAUUUUUUAAAGCAAGCAUAUUUAUCGGAUUAUACAUAUCAGAUGUUUCAAGUGUAAUCGGAGUACGGACAACAUAGAAUAUAUUUUGUGAUAUUUUCUUGUUGAACCUUUACAAUAUUUAUAAGAAAUAAAUAUUAUUUUGUAUAAUAAAAUUAAUGAACAGGU